ACAUGGGAAAUAAAAAUGUGUCAAUGAGUGUGUCUUUGGGGGUUGUUAUUUUAGUGUUACUUGGUAUUGUUGUUGGUGAUAAAUGUGCUGACGAGUGUACAUGUAAAUGGAAAAGUGGUAAACGUACAGUUGAAUGUGUUAAUCGUUCAUUGAGUAGUAUACCAGAUAAAAUUGAUCAAGAUACACAAGUACUUGAUGCAAGUGGUAAUGAUAUACGUAUAUUACCAAGUAAUAUAUUUAAACGUGUUAGUUUAACAAAUUUACAACGUUUAUAUUUACGUAAUUGUAGAAUGCAACAAAUUGAUAAUGAUGCAUUUGGUGGUUUAACAAAUUUAAUUGAGCUUGAUUUAAGUUUUAAUAGAUUAAUAAAUAUACCAAGUAAUAGUUUUAUUAAAGCACCAUUUUUACGUGAUUUAUCAUUAUCAAAUAAUCCACUUGAAAUAAUUGUUUCUGAUGCAUUUUUAAAUAGUCAAAAUUUAGUCAAACUUGAUUUAUCAUAUACAAAAAUUCAUGAAGUUGAAUCAAAUGGUUUUCGUGGUUUAACAAUACUUGAGACAUUAAAAUUAAAUAAUAAUCAAAUUGAAACAUUUCAUCCAGGUACAUUUGAUUCAUUAAUUAAAUUAACAAGUAUUGAAUUACAUGAUAAUCCAUGGAUAUGUAAUUGUCAUUUACGUGAAAUGAAAAUGUGGCUUGUUAAACAUAAUUUACCAACUUUAAUAUCACCAAUAUGUCAUGGUCCAGAACAAUUAUUAAAUAAAAAAUUUAAUGAAUUAAUUAUUGAUGAUUUUGCAUGUAGACCAGUAUUAAUGAUUGCAAGUCGUUAUGCUGAAGCAACUAUUGGUGAAAAUGCAAGUAUUGUUUGUCGUGUUAGUGCUGUACCACAAGCUAAAAUUAAAUGGUUUUGGAAUGGUAAAUUAUUAACAAAUCAUUCAUCAUUUAAUACAUAUCAAAAAAUUAUUAUACUUGAAGAAGGACAAUUUAGUAAAAGAAGUACAUUAAUAUUGACCAACGCCCAAGAAUCUGAUUCAUCUGAAUUUUAUUGUGUUGCUGAAAAUCGUGCUGGUAGUGUUGAAGCUAAUUUUACACUUCAUGUAUCAUUAAGAACAGCUGGUAUGUCAACACUUGGAUCUGGACAAAUUGCUGGUAUAUCAGCAGCACUUGUUGUAUUAAUAUUAUUAAUUUUACUAACAAUAUUAAUAUUAUUUGUAAGACUAAGAAGAAUGCCCCUUAAAGAUGUUAAAACAUCAACAAUUGAAGUAGUACCAAUUGAUUCAACAAAUACAAUUGAUGAUGGACAAAUAAAUGAUGUGAAUCAGCAGCAACAAGCUAAUCAUAUUCAUCAUCAACAACAACAACAACAACAAGUUAAUCAUCAUCAACAGCAACAAUUUAAUCAUAAAAUUUAUGAAGCUGAAACUACAUUUAAUAAUGAUACAAAACCAGUAACAUUAAAUUUAAAUUAUGUUCAACGACAACAAGUAGAUAAUAAUGAUUAUAUAUUUGAUGAAUCACAACCAGUUAUUCAUGGUCCAUGUUUUUCAUCAACAGCAUCAUUAGUGCCAAUUGAUAAUCCAGAUUUAAUACGUGAUACACGUGGUACAUCAAUUGAAGAAAUUGGCACAUACAAUGAUCAUCAGCUAAAUUCACUUAUGAUGGAAGAAACAAGAUUAUUAUAUUCAAGUAUAUGGGAUGAUAAUAGUACAAGAAAUAUUGAUAACAACAAAACAACAAUAAAUAAAACAAUAUCAAAUAAAAAUAAUCCAUCAAAUUACGUGACAAAUGAUAUUUUACCAUCAACAAUUGAACAACAACAUCAACAACAUCAACAACAAAAUCAACAACAACAAUUUCCACCAGGUGCUAAACAAUUGAGAGUUUGGCAGAAAGGUGUACCAGUAUUACCACCAGUAUCAGCAUUAAAACGUGUACUUGGUUCUACACGUUCAUCACCAGAUGAGGGUUAUCAAGAAGGAACUGGUACUGAUGUCUAGGUGCCGCUACUUCAUUACUGCGAUCCACGUCAUCGAUAUCUUGAACUUAUACGUAGACAUCAAGAUGACAUACAUCAUGAUGAUAGGCCAAGUGUGCCUCAAUUAAAUUGUGGUGAU